AGAAACUCGGAGACCACUUCGAAGUUUGUCGUUGGAUCAACAGAUGACUUAUUGAGUAAUGGUGAUGUGCCUAACCCAAACGAUAUAAAGUUUUCCUCAUAGAGAGAAAGUCACUUUUUAUUUUUAUUCUUUUAUUUUUUUAUUUUGCACCAAUACCAGAACUUCAUUACUGGAUUUGAACUCAAGUGGAUAUGGCAGAGGGAGACUUUUACACGAUGGGAAACCGACAGAGGUUUCCCAGAGAUCCAUUUGGAGAAUCGCCAUUCAUUGAUCAGUCUCCAUUCAGAGACCAGUCUCCUUUCAGGGAUCAGUUAGCGUCUCGGUUUAUGGAAGAUGAAUUUGGGAUGCCACCUUUCCCCGAUGAUCUGUCGAUGGACUGGCCUGGGUGGGCUCGUCCGGGCCGGCUAAGCACGCGUCUCAGCUCCUCGCCCUUUAGCAGCAGUUUACGCACAGGUUUUCCCCCGCGUCAGUCCACGGGAGGCCCCCAGCUGUAUACCAGCAGAUACGGCGAGCCCUCCUCCCGGAGUUCACCCACCACCACUUGUGGGGAACCCUGGAAAGUCUGCGUGAACGUCCACAGCUUCAAACCAGAAGAGUUGCACGUAAAAACGAGAGACGGAUUUGUAGAAGUGUCAGGAAAGCAUGAAGAGAAACAGGAAGAAGGUGGAAUAGUGACAAAGAAUUUCACAAAGAAGAUACAGAUCCCCACAGACGUGGACCCCCUGACAGUCUUCGCCUCUUUGUCUCCUGAAGGCGUCCUCAUCAUCGAAGCUCGGCAGACACCUCCAUAUUACCUUUUCAGCGACGAGGGCUCCCAAGGUGGUGAAAAGCAGGAGGUGGAAGCCUCCAAGCCCCAGGAGGCUCCUAUGGUUUAAACACAUCAUUCUGCACAAUCAGUUACCAGUUUGAUGUGAAAUGUGUUGCCUCUAGCUUCAUGUUGUUUGACACCUGGAGGUAUUUGAUGUCCAGAUUAAAGUUAAACCAAGCAUUUGUUUUUUCUGUUGGAAAAUCUAUUUUUACAAGGUCAGACAAUGAUGAAAAGCUUCAUUUUCCCAUUAACAAACAGAUACUUAUGAAUUUUCCAGAAUAGUCCAGUAGUCCCUUUUUUAAUUAAUUAACAGGUGUAAUUAUAAAAUAAUUUGGCUGUUUCUUUUCAGGUAAAAAUUUUUUCCCAUGGCAGAGAGUUUUUAAUAAAAAUUGUAGAAGGCCAAAUAUGACUGCUUUUUGAUUUCCUUUCUGUUUGGCUCAAUUCAAUUUGUAAAACUUUAGAAUCAAAGAAAAUCAUAUAAAAGUGAAGUUUUAAGUGUAGCAGCCUUUCCAGCAUAUAUUUUUGUUCUUUCGUUUGCCUUUCCUUCCUUCAGUUUCUAUAAGUUUUUUUAUUUAACAUGAUGUCAUUAAAAUUGACAAGAAAUAAAGGUAAUAUGAUUUUUCUGUGUAUCCAGAGGGUGAAUUUUCUGCAUUAAUGCACACAAUAUAUAAUAUUAUUUCACAGUGUAUUGUAAAUAUAAUAGUGCCAAUUCAUUAUAAAUCUUAAUCUGAAACAUUUUGCAAUAUGGUUUGAAAUUUUCUUUUCUAUAUGAGCAUUAAGGAUGAUGGCUGCAUGAUUGUUGAAGAGGACAGACUGCCUUCUUUUCUGUUGAUGUCUUUGUAUUGACUGAUGCAAUAAACAUGUC